AUCACUUUUCCUAGCAGAGCCACGGGAAGCUGAAUAAGAAGCACCUGCCUUCUCCAGCGUCUGAUCUCCAGUUAUUGUUCAAAAUGAGCAAGAUUGUUGUUUUUACCAAAGAUGCCUUCAAAGGCAGAUCAGCUGAAUUCAAGAACAAUGUCAACAACUUAGAAAACAAGGGCUUCAACGACAUCAUCUCAUCUCUCAAAGUCUUUGGCGCACCAUGGGUAGCGUAUUAUGACAAGAAUUUAGCUGGAAAGCAGCGAGUGUUUGAGGAAGGAGAAUACGCUACCCUAGAAGACAAGGGAAAGUUUUCUUCCCUCAAGAUGAUCACAGAUGAACUGGAUGACCCUGAAAUCCAGCUGUUUGAGCACGUGAACUAUGGAGGAAGAAGUGUGACCCUGAACGGAGAAACCAAUCUUCAUGAAAUUGCUUUCAGUGACACCGCUUCCUCCCACAAAGUGAAAGGUGGUGUCUGGGUUCUCUAUGAGCACGUCAACCGUCAGGGUGAACAGCUUGUGUCUUUCCCUGGAGAUGAAGUUCCCAGCUAUUUUCCGCUCUCCUUCAAUGAUGUGGCCAGCCAUGUGCGUCCCUUGCUGCCGAAGCCAUAGACAUCAUCAUUCACCGUACACUCUCUGCAGCUGAAUAUAAACUGGAAUCCUUCUGGAAAGAGCGAGGCAGAUGGAGGGGAAUGACUGAUCUUGACAAGAAACAAUGACUGUGACUCCAACAAGUUUGAAGAAAAUUUCUGAAUCAACCUUAUAAUAUCUGUGUAAAAACAUACUGUACAUGUUAAUUUGGCAGAUGUUAUAUGAUACAGAGUUUUAUUAGUAAAAGUUUUAAGUUGCAGGUUGCUUGGCUUUUCAUCUAUAGCCAUCAGUAUCAGUAAACAUAUGCAAUAAAAUACAGCUUUGGGAUUGUUACAGAUCUGCUAUAGGUCCUAUUGUCAUUUGAAUGUAUUUCCCAUUUGAUGAGAGUGAAAUAUUGAAAGGGUUUUCGGAUUUAUAUAAUUCUGUGCAAGUCUGUCAACUCAGAAAAUAAAGGCUCUUAAAUAUU